AUGAACGACCCGUAUUGGCCGGAGUAUUCGAUAUUGCCGGCGAGAAGGAGAUUAGAGAUGGUCGACGAAGGUGAUGAGAUCGUCGGGGGAGGAUAUGACGGCGACGGAGGAUACGACGGCGGCGGAGGUGCCAGAGUAUUCGAAGAGUAUUGUGAUGAUCACCAUGAUGAUAAUGCUGAGUGUAAUGUAUUUCGUGAUGAUGAUAAUGGUGAUGAUAAGUGUAAUGAAUUGGAGACUGGUUAUGAUGAUGAUAAUGGUGAUGAUGAAUUUGCUGUUAAUGAGGAAGAUGAUGAGUGUAAUGAAUUUCCUGUUAAUGAGGAAGAUGAUGAGUGUAAUGAAUUGGAGACUGGUUAUGAUUAUGAUAAUGAGGAUUGUAAUGGGGAUGAGAUUGUUGGGCUAGUAAAAGGGGAUUAUAUUUAUCAUGAGACGGUUGAACCUUAUCAGACUCUGAAGAAGAAGAUUGUGAAAACAGUUUUUGGGGAUGAGGAAGAAAUUGCUCCUCCAAAGAUAAACAUGCGAUUUAGUACAUAUGAAGAAGUGCAUGAUUAUAUCUUUAGGUAUGCAAGGCAAAAGGGAUUUGGGAUUUGCAGAACCGCUAGUAGUUCGAAAAGGGCGUCGAAGGGUAGUGAUAUAAAAGUGAGGCGUUGUGGGAUUUGGAUUUGUGAGUGCGCUGGAAAACCAGCUCCAUCAAAGCAAUACAAAGAUCGAAGCAAAUUACCAAAGCAAAUUCAGAGUGCCACGGCUAAGGCAAGGAGAUCCAAAAAAGUAGGAUGUCCAGUUGAAAUGUAUGCAAGUGUAGAUGAAAAGGGUGAUUGGAUUAUUAGGAGAGUGAUGUUGGACCAUCAGAAUCACGAACCCACACCGAGGAAAUCCAGGGAUGUGCCUGUUUACAGGAAACGCAAUUUAAUCGAAAGAGAGAAACACUUGGUACGUUUCAUUAAGAAUAGCUCUAAGGCAGGUAUCAGCAAUAGUGAUAUAAUAAAAAUACUGGCCGAGGACAGGGACGAAGAGGAAAAUCUGCCAUGUAAUUCAAGGGACAUUCAAAAGAUGAACAGGGAAGAGGUGAAGUUGAACCUAAGUGGUGGUGAUGCCCGGGCAAUGGUUGAUUACUUUAACAAGUUGACAACGGAUAAUCAGAACUUCUUCCACAUGGAAAGGUACGUGGAAGGAGGUGGUCUUCAAGACAUAGUUUGGGUUGAUGCGAGGAGCAGGGCAGCGUACGAAGAGUUUGGAGAUGUAGUAGUCUUCGAUGCCACACGAUACUCUUUGGUUAAUGCACUGCUUUCUCGCGAGACUGCAGAGACUUACACAUGGUUGUUUACAACUUGGUUAAACUGCAUGUCAGGCAAAGCUCCUAGUGCGAUAUUAACUGAUCAGGAUGCUGCAAUGAGGAGAGCAUUGAAGGAGACCAUGAAAGGUACAACACAUAGGUGGUGUUUGUGGCAUAUUCUCCAAAAGUUCCCCAAAUAUUUGAAUAAGCAUGAGAGAUAUGAAGAUUUGAAGGCUGAUCUAGAGAAUGUAAUAUAUGAUAGCAGUGAUCCCGUUACUUAUGAAAAGAGUUGGAAUGAUGUCAUUGUUCACUACGGCGUCAAAGAGAAUGACAAGUACAAUGACAAGUACAAAUGGUUGGAAGUUAUGUAUAACGAGAGGCAUAUGUGGAUUUCAGCGUAUACGAAAGAUGUUUUUUGGGCUGGCAUGCGGACCACCCAACGUUCUGAGAGUUAUAAUCACUUCUCCAAAGGAUAUGUGGAUCGCAACACAUACCUUUACCAGUUUGUGCGGAGUUAUCUUAAGGCCAUGGCGAAAAAGGCCAUGGAUGAAGACAAGGCAGAUAGGAGUGAUCAAAGGUUUGUUAGGCAACUUGCAACCACGUUUCAUGUUGAGACAUUGUUCCGGAGGAUCUACACAGAUAGUGCGUAUUGGUUGGUGCAAGAGGAGGUCCGAAAGAUCUGUUACACGGCGUCGGAGGUAUCCAGAAUCAUCACAUGUGAUACUGGUACUACCAUUGAGUAUAUUUUUGAGGAUCGGAAGUGGAUUAAACCAAAGAAUUCAAGGGCUGCUGAAAUACCGACUUAG